UAGGUAUAGCCAAGUGUAGGGAUGCUGUGAGGCAAGAGUUGCAUGCAAUUCUUGCAGAAGCCACAACUGGCCUCCAAAAUCAGGUGGUGUACGUUUGCAUUGCUUGCCACGCCAGUUUUCCGCUCUCUCUCCAACCCCCACCGCUCUAUAUAAACCAAGCAACCCAAAAAACAUCGAUCAUAUGCAAAUAUAGAGAGGAAGAAGAAAGACUCGUCGGAAAAAGGAGGAAAAGAUCGAUCAUCAUAGAUGGCAGCUCAUUUGAUUGAGAAUGACGCACUGGCAACAGCAGCAAAAUAUGCACCAGUCACUUAUGAGAGGAGAGUCAGGGGGGACUUGGAAACCACACUUCCAAAGCCAUAUCUUCCCAGAGCCCUGACUGCUCCAGACACAAACCAUCCCAUGGGAACACCUGGACAUCACCAUCGCAACCUGAGUGUUCUUCAGCAGCAUGUGGCAUUUUUUGACCAGGACGAAAAUGGAAUCGUCUACCCUUGGGAAACUUUUGUUGGAUUUCGAGCUAUCGGUUUCAACUCAAUUGUAUCUCUCAUCGCGGCAGUUGUCAUCAAUGCAGCACUGAGUUAUGCUACUCUUCCUGGGUGGUUUCCUUCUCCAUUCUUGCCCAUAUACAUUCUAAACAUUCACAGGGCAAAGCAUGGUAGUGAUACUGGAACAUACGACACAGAAGGAAGGUUUUCACCAGCAAACAUUGAGCUCAUGUUUAGCAAGUAUGCUCGUACAGUUCCUGACAAGUUCACUCUAGCAGAGCUUUGGGACAUGACUGAGGGAAACAGAGUUUCAUACGACUUCUUUGGAUGGAUUGGAAGUAAGCUGGAAUGGGGACUUCUGUAUGUUCUUGCAAGGGAUGAGGAGGGUUUUCUAUCUAAAGAAGCUGUGAGACGCUGCUUUGAUGGAAGCUUAUUCGAGUAUUGUGCCAAGAUGAAUGCAAGUGCUGAAGCUAAGAUGGGCUGAA